AAAAGUUGCGCUGUGUGGCUUGAGCUGAGUGUAGCUCUGCAGAGCGAGUGACGCUAAGGAUGGAAAGGUGAAGCUUGUGGUCACCAUGCAACCUUACAAGGGCAGCAGGGGAAGGGGGAAGGAAUGGCUUUGCCAUCUGCAGAGGGGUGCUGGGAUAACCAGGUAGUGUGGGAUGUGCAUUACCCUGAAGUGCCCUCCCACACCACAGCUGGUGGUAAACACGGCAAGGCGGGUGAAAAACAGAGCGUGGGCCUCCCACUUGGGCUCAGCAGCAGUGUGCCUGUCCUGCCUUGUUAUGUGUUUGCUGCAAUAAUAUUUCCCCUUUAAGGCUGGGCUUAAGUUAUUUAUACUUUGUAGGGUGGUGACAGGAACACAGAGCAGAGCAGAGCCCUGAACCGCUCUUACCUGAUCCGCAGCCAGGAAGGAAGCUCAGAAAAAGAGAGGGACUGUGAGAGAGAGCCUAAGAGAGGGGAAGAAAAAGCAGGCAGGGCAUCCCCGGGGAGGGACAGGGGAGGGGACAAACCGGCAAAAAGAAAAAGAGGGAACCAGGGCAGAAGGAAGGAGCACGGAGGGAGAGGUGCUCGGGGAGCGGCAGCUCUGCAGAGCAGAAGGGCUGGGCAUCCCAUGCCAAGCGUCACCAAGGGGUGCUGAGCUUCAUCUCCCAAGAUGAUGAAGAGGCAGUUCAAUCGGAUGCGGCAGCAGCUGUCCCAUCCCAACGCCACCAGCCGAGCCCAAGAAGCAACUGAGUUCCUCACAGAAGAUUUGCUGCAGAUCGAGCAGAGGGUCGAGCCAGCCAAGCGAGCAGCUCACAGCGUGUCCAAGCGGCUCCAGGCUUGUCUGCAGGGGCACUGCGGCGCUGAAAUGGACAAGAGAGUGAAGAAGCUACCCUUGAUGGCUCUGUCUGCAACGAUGGCUGAGAGCUUCAAGGAACUGGACACAGAGUCCAGCCUUGGGAGAGCCUUGGAGAUGGGCUGCUGCAUCCAGAGUUUGCUGGCCAAGAUCUUGGCCGAGUUUGAGAUUGCUGUAGAGCGUGACAUCCUGCAGCCACUCAACAAGCUCAGUGAGGAGGAGCUUCCCAUCAUCCUGAAGCGCAAGAAGACCCUCCAGAAGCUGAUUUCUGACUGGAAUGCCAUAAAGAGCCGGCUGAACCAAGCUGCCAAGAGUUCCAGUAACAGUGCAGGAGCUGGAGCUGGCCCAGGGGCAUCUUCUGCUGCCAACAAACUGGAGAUCCUGAAGGAAGAGGAGGAGGAGGUGAAGAGGAAGGUGGAGCAGUGCAAGGAUGAGUACAUGGCUGACCUCUACCACUUCUCCACCAAAGAAGACAGCUAUGCCAGCUACUUCAUCAGACUGCUGGAAAUCCAAGCCCAAUACCACCGGCAGUCUCUGGAAUCUCUGGACUCGGCUCUGACAGAGCUGAAGGAGAGCCACAGCCAGAAAGAGCCCUCCUUCACCACAGAAACCCCAGUGCUAGGGUACUACGGCGUGCCCCUGCAGACACACCUCAAGAACUUGGGCCGAGAGAUUGCUCUGCCUAUCGAGGCCUGUGUCAUGAUGCUGCUGGCCUCAGGCAUGAAAGAGGAGGGACUCUUCCGGCUGGCAGCAGGAGCCUCGGUGCUGAGGAAGCUGAAGAGCAGCUUGGCCAGUGGCUCUAAUGCACUGGAGGAGUUUUAUUCAGACCCCCAUGCUGUGGCCGGCGCAUUGAAAUCCUACCUGCGGGAGCUACCCGAGCCUCUGAUGACCUUCAAGCUCUACGAUGAAUGGAUCAAAGUGGCCAGCUUAAAGGACGUUGACGACCGGGUACAGAGCCUGAGAGACACCUGCAGCCGCCUGCCCCAGGACAGCUACAACAAUUUGAGGUAUCUGAUCAAGUUUUUAGCCAAGCUAGCAGAGCACCAGCAUGUGAAUAAAAUGACCCCCAGCAACAUCGCCAUAGUGCUGGGCCCCAACCUGCUGUGGCCAGAGCAGAGCACAGGAGACCCUGUGCAACUGGACUUGGCCUCAGUCUCCUCCAUUCAGGUGGUGGGAGUCGUGGAAGCCCUCAUCCAGAAUGCAGACAUACUCUUCCCUGGAGAGAUAGAUUUCAGUGUCUCAGGGAUGUUCGCACUGCCUGCGGAUGUCAGACUCAAUGAGGCUGCCCCAGUAGACGAGCUGCCACCCAAAUCCCCCCCAGCCUGCUCUCCAUCUCCCCUGGAUGAAGAGGCCACAAAAGACUCUGAAGUGAGCUCCCAGCCGCUUUCCCCAGUGGUGACCAAGCCGUCCCCUGAAGCCACAGUGCCACCAGCUCUGACACCAGCCAAUGACACUGCCCGCAAAGUCAAGCGCCCGGCUCCAUCUCGACCCACAGGGCCUCCACCUGUAGCCCAAGCCCGAAGCAUGAUCGAACACACUGCCAGCCCCAGGGCCCGGCCACGACGGCUGGGUGCUCCCUCCAUCCCUCCACCACUGCCCCCACAGCCAGCACCGCGCCACAGCCGUGAAUCCCUCACGUCCCCGGGGCCUCCCACCACCAAUACUCCGGAUUGCACCGCGGAUGAGGGGACGGCGGAAGGACAGAGCCCCUUGGUUGGAUCAACAACAGUGGAGAAUGACUGAGCAAGGCGCGGGGCUGCCAUCAGCUCCCACUUGCUUCCCCUUCUUCAUCCACCACCAUGAGCCUUCCACCUUGCCCCGUCAGGCUGGGCAGUAGGGUUCAGACCCCUCCUGUUCCCGCCAUCAGCCCACAGGCCCUCAUCCUCCCCCAGGGAGGGAAGGGAAGGCCCUGUGGUAUUUCGGCUGGGGGUGAGAAAUAACCCAUCGGGCGGAGCCCCGCACCAGGCCUGGCGCGGCUGCAGGCGGACGCGCGGCCGCCAUUUUGCCUCACGUUGCCUCAGAGCGCGUCACCUCGAGCCCACGAACAGGUUGGUUUGCCUGUGAGAAGAUUCUAUUUUUUAAGAAGAUAUAUAUGCCUGCGCA